UUUCCCUCGUCAUACACAAUGACACAAAACCCGCCUCCGUCUCAAGUCUCAACACCACCACCAGUUGUUGUUUCCUCCGCCCAGUGAAAGUUACUUAUAAUUCAAUCAAUCAAACAGCCCCCUCCUUUCCUGAAUCAAACCCACUAAUUCCAUGUUUUUAUCAUUAUUCAAUCCCUGUUUUUUUACCUCCCCAAACCCACCGACAACCCGCUAUCGUUCAUUCCAAACCAACACAUCAUUUCGAUCAUCACCUAAUUCCCCUAUUUCACUCAUCACCGGCAGCUUAAGAAGUUGUGAAUGUUAUGAUAUGUAUAAAGAACAAGUCCCAUUUACUGAAGCAUGGUCAUGGCAGAAAUCGAUUGUUGAACACAGAAAAACAUUAAUCGAUAACGAUGAAGAUGCUUCGGAUACUUUGUUUGUGCUACAGCAUCAACCUGUUUAUACAUUAGGUACUGCCAGUACCCAUAACAACCUGUUUUUUAAUGUUGAAGAUUCUCCUUUGCCUUUAUAUCAAACCGAACGCGGCGGUGAAGUUACUUACCAUGGUCCAGGACAGCUAGUGAUGUACCCGAUAAUGAACCUUCGUUACCAAAAGAUGGAUCUUCAUUGGUACCUUAGAGCGCUUGAGGAAGUGGUUAUUCGUGCUCUUUUGUCAAGUUUUAAUUUAAAAGCUUCUCGAGCUGAGGGUUUAACUGGAGUUUGGGUCGGGGAUAAAAAACUAGCAGCAAUUGGGAUACGGGUAUCACGAUGGGUGACAUAUCAUGGAUUAGCAUUGAACGUGUCAACGGAUCUUUCACCAUUUGAUAGUAUAAUUCCCUGUGGAAUACGAGAUCGUGGAGUAGGGAGCAUCAAGGGGCUGCUGAAUGAAUCUUCUUCAAUAUGCGAUCAUGCUAAACUUAUUGAUAUUGCUCAUGAUUCGUUACUAAAAGAGUUUUGUGAAGUUUUUCAAGUUGAAUUAUCUCAUCAGCUGGUAUCAAUGCUAAGGAAAGCAGAGCUAAAACAAUGAAGUUGCUUAUUAUAGUUAGUUAAGGUUAUUAAUAAUAAUCAAAUUCUACUAACCAAUAAAAGUUCUUUUUGGCACUAAACAAAUGUCAAGAUGGGUCGAUAUUUUACAAGUUCUGAUGAGAGGUGGUAUGACAUGCGAAUGAAGCGAUAAAGGGUACAAGCAGUUACUGAAAGCGUAUAUCUGAACUCUGGAAUGAUAUGAUUGAUGAAUAGGAUGAACUGAGACGAUGCAAGAUAACAUAAUGUAUCACUAAAUUUUAUCAUCAUAGUUUGGAUCAAAUGUACUAAUGCAACGAGUUUUAACAUGAUUGUUUGUAACAUACAUCAAGACAGUAUGUACUUCAUUUCUACUUCAUACAUUGCUAUUAAACAGUGAAAUUUUCUUUUUGUUCA